UUUUUUUACCGUGUCAUAUUGUUCAUAAUGAUUUUCUUUUUUCAUUGCAGACCUGAUGGAGCCAAAAGAAGAAAUCACAAAUGCAAGAGAACAGACAGAUCAAGAUCUGAAAGUGACAAAGGAGGAAAUUUCACAACUCAAUGAAAUGGAGGAGAAACCUCAUCAUUUGAUACCCAAGGAAGAAUCUCUGAGCUGUUCGAUUACUGUGAGGAAUUUGUCACCUAAAAGAAACAACAAGCAAAAGGCAACAGCUAAAGAUGCUCUUACUUGCCCUCAGUGUGGAAAGACCUUCACAUAUAAAUAUAAACUUAAUAAGCACAUGAAAACCCACACUGGAGAAAGACCUUACAGAUGUGAUCAGUGUGGAAAAAGUUUCAUUCGUAAGAUUGACCUCAACAGGCACAUGAGGAUUCACACUAAAGAAAGGCCUUACAAAUGUGAUCAGUGUGGAAAGAACUUCAGGUAUAAAGGGCACCUUACUGACCACACGAAAAUUCACGCUGGAGAAAAGCCUUACAGAUGUGAUCAUUGUGGAAAGAGUUUUCUUCAUAGGGGUAAUCUCAAUGUGCACAUGAGAAUUCACACUGGAGAAAAACCUUACAGAUGUGAUCAGUGUGGAAAGAGUUUCAUUUGUAAGACUGACCUUAAUCAGCACAUAAUAAUUCACACUGGAGAAAAGCCUUACAGAUGUGAUCAGUGUGGAAAGAGUUAUGGUCGUAGGUGUGAUCUCAAGGGGCACAUGAGUAUUCACACUAAUGAAAGGCCUUACAAAUGUGAUCAUUGUGGAAAGAACUUCAAUUAUAAAUGGCACCUUAAUGAUCACACAAGAAUUCACACUGGAGAAAGGCCUUACAGAUGUGAUCACUGUGGAAAAACCUUUAAUAGAAAAUCGCAUUUAAGUAAUCACACAAAAAUUCACACUGGAGAAAAGCCUUACAGAUGUGAUCAAUGUGGAAUGAGUUUUCUUCGUAGGUUUAAUCUCAACGUGCACAUAAGAAUUCACACUGGAGAAAAACCUUGCAGCUGUGAUCAAUGUGGAAAGAAUUUCAAUCAUAAGACUUAUCUCAAUAGGCACAUGAAGAUUCACACUAAACAAAGGCCUUAAAAUGCCCCUACUACGGUGAUUUUCGUAUUUGAAAAGUUCAGAUGCAAAAACCACUAAACGCAACCUCGGUAAAAAAUGAGAUGAUAAUAUUAACCGAAUGCUUUUGGCAUGUAUUAUACGUUCAUCAAGUAGUUUUGCUUCAAAUGUGCCUAAAGGCACACCGUCGAACUUUUUGGCCACUAGGGGCCGCUAGACAUGUAUUUUUCAUGCCUAGCACCCCUAGAGGCCACAAGCGCCGCAGCACUGUCGCAAAGGAAAAGAACUGGCCAACCUUAAAACUAAACUAAAAAAUAAACCUUUAAAACGCUAAACAAUCAACAUUUUGAGGCAUCAGGGAGAAACGCAGUCAUGUUACAACUUUCUGAUGAGGAACUCGUGGUAGAAGUCAUUUCUCAAUCUGAAGGUUGCAGCCUCCGGAUGUCGUAUUUCUAAGCUGCAUACGUCAUCAAGACUGCCUUAUUUCAGAAUAUUAACAAUUAUAAACUUGACUAUUAUACUUAGUUAAUCGUAAAUUGUUGCAGUAUGCUUAUGUCUUGCGAAUGUAAUGCACAGUUUACCUUAAUAAACCAGGCUUGAUGACGUAUGCAGCCUGCAUAUUUGACCUCCGGAGGCUGCAGUCUUCCAAUUGAGAAAUGACCAGAAGUAUUUCCUUGCCUUUUUCGAAACAAAUAUUGUUGCAUCGUCCCUCUCUUCCUCGCCACCAGGAUUUUCCGCAAUGGCGCUCGUUUUCCUCUCUUUUGUGUGAAAAUUGUCGCUCCGAAUCCAAGUAAACCGAUGUGUUCACGUCUGCCGCUUUGUAAUGUCACGCGAGUGACAGCGGAACGCAGCAAAUGAGGAAGAGAAAAGAGAGAAACGUUAGGAUCUGAUUGGUGAAAUAAUAGGGUUUGGUUUUACACUGUUUGAGUUUGAGCAAGUUUGACUGACUGCUAUAGCGUCCUGGAUUGUAAUGUAAAUACCAUAGACAGUAAAAGAAAUGAAAAAAAAAACAAGCAAUACGAUUAAUACAGAUUGAAGAAUAGUCAGGAUGUAAAGAUUCAGCCUUUCAUUCCCUAAAGAAAGAGCAAAGAUGAUCUAAAAUGAUCUGUAAGUACAGUGACAGUCAGAAGACUUCUGAUUGAAGCUGAGCUGUUUUCAAGAAGCCCCCAUAAAGCAACAUUGUUGAAAAACACAUCAAGUGGCCGAAAGAAAAAUGGCGUAAUAUUUUGUGGCCUGACGAGAGUAAAAUUGUUCUCUUCGACUCAAGUGGUUAUCGGCAGAACCUCAGGCGACUCCCGGGUACUAAAUUCAAGCCACAGUACCCUAUAAAGACAGUUAAACAUGGUGGUGCAAAAAUCAUGGGAUUGGGAUGUUUUUCAUACUACAGUGUUGGGCUUAUUUAUCUUAUACAAGAGAAAAGGGAUCAGUUUGAAUACAUCAAAAUACUUGUUAAGAUUAUGUUGCCCUUGACCGAAGUGGAAAUGCCCCUAAAAUGGGUGUUUCAACAAGACAAAUCUGGUUCCAGACAAAAAGGAUUGAGGUAAUGAUGGAGUGUCCAGCUCAAUCCCCUGAUCUCUACCUCAUUGAAAACUUGUGGGGUGACAACAAAAAAUGCAGUUUUUGACGUAAAACCUACAAACUUUACAGGAACUGUGGAUCUUGGACUAAAAUAUCUGUUUCUGGGUGCCGGUUGGUUGAGUUGAUUUGACACAGAUGUGCAGCAGAUAUAAACAACAAUGCAACUAAAUAUAAAUAAUUCAAUAGUUUAAAGCGAAGUUAAAUCUUUAGAAAUUUCUUCAGUUUUAAGUGUCUACAGAGAAAAAUGUUGACACUGCUUUUAUUUUAUUUGAACAGAUUAAUAUUCAUUUUAUUUGUUUCCCUUUAAAAGAACAAGACAGACUUGU